GCACCCCCGAAUUUAUUAACAAAAAUAUUUCAACCGAAUUUCUUAUUUCCGCCUCCCGAAUUCGCCCUAAUUUCUUCGCUCGUCCAAUCUCCGCCGCGUAGGGAUCGAGGAUCCCGCCGCGGAGCCGCAGACGCCGAGGAUUUUUUUCCUAUUGUUUCUUCGUGGAUUCUCUCCGCCGUCGACGGGAUCGCGAGAGUUCUGGAAGCAAAACGACCCGAUGAGAUUCUUCAAGGGGAGCAAGGUGGAAGUAUUGCAGGAGGCGGAGGUGCCCCUUGGUUCUUGGAGGCCUGCUGAGAUCGUCUCCGGCAAUGGACACGGCUACCUUGUGAGAUAUCAUCAAAGUCCUGUUGACUCUAGCGUAGCUGUUGAACGUGUGCCAAGAAGGUUGAUGAGACCUUGCCCCCCUCCUUCGGAUGAUCCAGUAUGCUGGACUGUGGGUAGUAUCCUUGAGGCCUUUGACAGCUACUCGUGGAAGGUUGCUGAGGUUGUGAGAGUGCUUGGCAAGAAUCACUAUCUUGUCAGGCUCCUCGGGUCCUCACUGGAGUUGAGGGCGCAUGGAUCAGAUCUUCGAUUGAGGAUGCUGUGGCAAGAGGACAAAUGGAUCGUGACUCAGAAGUAUUCUGCAAGAUGCUUGGAUGGUUCAUUCAGAGGUCGACCAAAAGAUGGAAGUUUCGGUUACAAGUUGGGCAACCAGCAAUUGCAUUGUGCAAUGGAUCAGAAUGCUUUCGAGGGUAAUAUGUCUAGAGGCAUGAAGAGAAAAUUGUCUGCUAUAUCAACACAUCCUCCUCAGUGCAGUGAAAUCACUAAGAGAUUGCUGACACCACAUAGAGAUGGAAGACGCUCGAAGGUGGUUGAUAGAGGUUCUCUCCGUUUGGCUGAAAAGGGCCGAGGUUGGAGGCUUGUAAAGCAUCCUUCCAUAGGUAGUAGAUGGAGGAGUCUGCCACAUGGUUUGCAGUGUGAUAAAUGUGGCAACAUUUCCAUCAAACUUCCAUUGGUACCUUAUUUGUUUUAAUUAUUCCUUUUGCUUUUAGGAUUCUAUUGUGCCUUGCUUUUACUAGUAAGUUGCCAAAUAAUUUGUCCCAGUGUUUAUGAGCCAUAGUUUCCGUGCGAGCUUGUAUACCUUACGCUCAGAAACAAUAGAACAAUGACCUCUGGGCAUUCAGUUUGAUCACUCAUAAAAAAUAAGUAAGAUGAAGUUUAUUAACACAAAGAGGCUGCUUGUGUGCCAAUUAGUAUCUACAUACCUCAAACUUUAGCCAAAGAUGUAUUGUGAUCUUUUUGUUGAAAUUAUAAUUAAGGUCAAGCAGGUUCAGGAAUGUGGUUCCAAAUUAAUGCCGGAUAAAAAGCUCGAUAAGUUUUGAUUGGGUUAUGAUCCAAAGAGAGAAAAUGAUCCGUCUGUUUCAUGAUUUUUGAUAGAUAAGGCCCGUUCCCCUCACUUGUAAGUGCUGUGCACUGGAACUCUUGGUUAUGGACCCUUUUUCAAGAAUGAAGGCUUGAGUGAGGAUAGCACUGAGGUAAACUACUCAAAACUUAUUUUGAUAACCGACACAUUUCUUUUCUUAUAAUGAAGGAACCAACAGGAGUUGCUGUGGAAUUUUACAUAUUAUGGUAAACAGUGCUCAAAAUAUCAGUAAGUUUAAAGCUGCAGAGAGGUUAAAUAUGUUGAAAUUAUAAAGAUAAUCUCGGUUCUAAAUAGCCAUCUUAUGCACCCAAUUGCUAUGGCUCUCUACCCUUUGGUAACCAAGAAAAAAUGCUUAAGCAGUUAUAUGUCUCUUGCAAAGAGUGUAGAGAUUCAGUAUGUUGAAGUUAAGAAGUCUUAUUUUAAGAUAAGAUAUGUGACAUUAUGCAGAUUAUCUAAGGUAAGAAGUCAUAUAUAGAAAACGGUAGUAUGCAUAGAAGGGACUUUAACCUAUUACCCCAACUGCCGAGACUUGUGCUCUACCACUAGGACCAUAUGGGUAUACCCCCAAAAAAUCUGACAUCAAGAUAUAUGAAGGCUGUUCAACGAAUGCAUAAUACUGUGGUUAUCAUGACUUGGUCAUUGAAGAAUUCAGGACUGAACUGGCCCAUUUAAAUUUAUUUGAAGAUCUUUACAGUGACCGCAUUCACAAUAUUUUUGCAUUCUAUGAUAUGCUUGUUCUGUGAUAGUUCAUGGUUAAUCGUCCUUGCAUAGUUGGUUCAGAUGUUGUUCCAAAUACGAACUUCAUGUAGAACACGAAGUGGUUUGGAUACUGUUUGGUUCAGAUGUUUGCAUAGUUGGUUCAUGGUUAAUCGUCCUUAAUUGCUUUGUACACAUGCACUAGUGGAGUAUGAGACCGCCUGUAUAGAUGCUUUUUACAGUGAGCAACUCAAUACAUGUACAUGUGCAAAUUGUUGCAAAUUCUCUUGAUGUGUUAGAUCAUUGCUUCCAUGAUCCCUAAGGAGCCAUGGUGAUAUAAAGGGCAAUCCUGAGCCAUUUUCUGCUUUAACGAGUUUUCAGUGUUCAAUCAGCUUGAGUUCACCUCCACUCAGAGAUAAGGUGGCUGCAGGUAAAGGGGAAAUAUCAGGUAAAACAUUGAUUUAGGUGAAAAGGUGUGAAAAUCAAACGUGGAAGUUUCCAAACGUUCUCAUGGAUUACCAGAUAUAAUACAUGCCCUCCCAUAUCGGUUCUUUUAUUAUUUGAAAUUUUAGAAACUUUGACCAUUUUAUUGUCAUCGGAAUUGCAAUUUGUCGCGGGCUCAUUUGAUAUGCUUCCAUCUGUAAAAGUAGUGAAGAUUUCUGAAAAAUGACUAGCCUGUGACUUUGCAAUGGCAAAGCAACUUCUGUGUUAUUGAGGGCCGAUAUGUACUAUAUUCAUCAUUUGAUGGACUGAGUUCUUUCAAGAGCUCAUAUGAACGUGCUCUUAGCUCAUAUGAACGUGCUCUUAGUUCCGGACAUGCAAGGGACUUUUAAGUAGAUAACAAGGUUGGGGUUACUGAGCUCUUUCCUUGCAUUUGUAGCACUAAGGAAGAUUGACAGGUAUGUUUGUACAGAACCUUUUCAGUCUCCUUAUCCAUGUAGCUUAUGGCAUACCUUUUUUAGCUGUACAGUAGGGGAAGCCCCUACUGUGAAACUUUUAUUAAAACUAUAGAGAACGAAAAAGUGUUGUACAUCAAAUGGACCCAGGAGGUCCAGAUGGAGAAAGGUUAAAGCUACAACACACUAUUAACCCAAGAGGAAACAUACAAACUCAAAGGACUAUUCAUUUUGUUUAAAUGAAGAACGUUAUUUCUAAAACAGGAAGCCCACGACUGAAAAGAGGGCACAACCCUUUGAAAGAUUUUCAUAUUUCUUUGCUUCCAGAUCUCUCAUGCUGCAAUCAUAAAGACUUCCAUGAAGAAAAGGAAUUGAAAACUGUUCUUAGCAAUCAUGGUGAAGAAGGGGUGCAUAAAGACCUGCAUGGUUCCAAGCGAUGUUGAUGGAAGACCAGCACCUAGUGGCAAAAGGCAAUAUGAAGAACAGAUGAUAGCUCGUUUCUUCCACAUUCUGGUUGCAGAGGACGUAGUUGCAAUCAUCACCAUCAAUGUGGAAGUUUUUUCUUCUGAGCAGAUUUCUGGAAUUGUCUUUGAAAAGAAACCAUACAAAAACUUAGUUUUUUUUUUUUGACACAUUUGGAUUUCCAAAGUUGAAGGGUGUUGGAGGGGAGACGGCCUUGAAGGUGAAGGCAUAAAACUUUCUAGAGAAACAAUUGCUUGACCCCCAACAGCAACUCCAGGUGCCAUUUUGAUUGAUCGAGAUAUGAGCUUGAGAGAGAGACUCUUGCGGUGUCUGUUAGGUGUUUAGUUUUGAGAGUUACAAAUCAGAUAUUCUUGUAGGUGUUAUGUAUGAAGGACAUGUCAGUCAUGGUAGGGCCCUAGACUACAAGUACUAUUCAAAUAUUCAUGUUACUCUUCCAUUGAA